CGAGUUGGCCGAGUCACCGGGGCCAUCGCAAGGGUUCAGGAACCGCGAUAGAAACGGUUGAGCAAGUCACAGUGAGCGGCUACCUCUCGGCUCAUGGAUCAAGCUCCUCGGAUUCCCGGUGCGAGAGCGCGGCGUAUCAGCUGUCUCGAUCGCCCAGGGAUCGACCCCGAGACCCCGCUUGAUGUUGAUACUGUAAUGAUGCCCACUAACGAAGCAACGAUAAUGCAUCGCCGACGUGUCGGAGGUGAGUGGAGACCAGAUCACCAUUGGUGUUGGAGCGCCGAGCAGACAGAGACCGAAAGACUGGCGCGUCCUAACCGCCGAUUUCCCACAGGUCACAGAAGAGAGGCACCAAGGUCGCGCGAUAACGCGAUGAAUUCUUCUGGCCUCACAGUGACAUGGAGCGUUGAAAGGGCCGAUGGGCACGGCCAAAUGCGUCGGGCGAGACGGCCUGACUUUCAGGGGUUUUUCCGCUCGGGGGAUUACGCGGUGUCGAAACCUUCCACAUAUGUUUGCGUCUUGAGGCUUUCACUGGCUUUGUCUGAGAGCAUUCCUGCGAGCUCUCCUCACACAUACUGCCCAUCUUUUGCCCAACGAGGGGUCAGGCGGCGGAUAGUGAUGACUGAGCUGCGGCGCUGGCGGCAUGUUUGGUGGGCAGCAAUACCAGCCAAGCCCGUUGAAUAUGGAUGGUGAGACGCAAUUGGCGAUCAUGUGCCACCACUCGAGGGGGGGCUUCGGUAUCGCGCCCUAGUCGAUGUGAUACGGGAGUCAAGUGGGCAGCCAGAACGGGGUCAUCAUUGCGAGGAGA